AGUACCAUCAUUGUUAAUCCUAAUAACUAACCCAGUAACCAUGUCUGCAGCAACUACCAACGGCCGUGCCAAUGGCAUCAACGGUAUCAACGGUACCAACGGCAUCAACGGUACCAACGGCAUUAACGGUACCAACGGCAUCAACGGUACCAACGGAACCAACGGCACCAACGGCGUCAAGCCCAAGGAGUCCAAGGUUGAUGUACUCAUUGUCGGUGCCGGCCCAGCAGGCCUCAUGGCCGCCGCCUGGAUGGCUCACUGCGGCAUCAGCGCGCGCAUCGUCGAGAAACGCAACACCAAGAUCUUUACCGGCCAGGCCGACGGCCUCAACUCCCGGACCAUCGAGAUCUUUGACAGCUUGGGCUUCUCUGACCGCGUGUGGAAGGAAUCCAACCACAUGCAGGAGAUUUGCAUGUGGAAUCCCAACGCCGAGGGCGUCAUCCAUCGCUCGGACCGCAUCCCCGACACCGUCGUCGGCAUCUCGCGCUACCAGCAGUGCGUGCUCAACCAGAGCCGCAUCGAGCGCUGGUUCAUUGACAACAUCAAAAAGUACUCCUCAAAAAACAACAACGCCAUCUCGGUGGAGCGCGGCAUCCUGCCCGAGUCGCUCGUGAUUGACGAGUCCAAGGUCGAGGAUGACGACGCCUACCCCGUCACCGUCGCCCUCCGCACCUUGACAGAGGAGGAAACCACGCCCGUGCAAGCCGCCACCGCCUCCAAGUCUGCGGCGUCUGACGGUCUCUUCCGCAGCAACCUGGUGCAAGAUGACGACGAAGCCGAUCUCCUCCGCAAGUCCCAGUCCCGGCCCGGCACCAAAGAGAUCGUCCACGCCAAGUACGUCAUCGGAUGCGACGGCGCCCGCUCGUGGACACGCCGUGCGCUGGGCCUGGAGCUGGAAGGCGAGGCAACCGAUUACAUCUGGGGCGUCAUGGAUAUCAUCCCCAUCACCGAUUUCCCCGACAUCCGCCACCGAUGCGCCGUGCACUCGGCUGAGAACGGCUCGCUGAUGGUCAUCCCGCGCGAGAACCGCAUAGUGCGGCUGUACAUCCAGCUGAAAGAAGUCGUUCCGGACGCCUCGGGGCGCGCCGACCGGUCCAAGAUCACGCCCGACUUGAUCUUCCGCGCCGCGCAAAAGAUUCUCGCACCGUACAAGCUCGACUACGAGUACUGCGACUGGUGGACGGCGUACCAGAUCGGCCAGCGCGUCGGCAACAGCUAUGACGUGCACAACCGCGUGUUCCUGGCGGGCGAUGCCGUGCACACGCACUCGCCCAAGGCCGGGCAGGGCAUGAACGUCUCGAUGCAGGACACCUUCAACCUGGGUUGGAAGGUGGCCCUCGUCCUCAAGGGCAUCUGCAAGCGCGAGAUCCUGGCCACGUACCAGAGCGAGCGCCGCCGCAUUGCCCAGGACCUGAUCGAGUUCGACCACAAGUUCUCUCGCUUGUUCUCUGGCCGCCCGGCCAAGGACUUGAUGGACGCCGAGGGCAUCGACAUGGAGGAGUUCAAGCGCGCCUUUAUGCGCGGCAACUUGUUUGCUUCGGGCAUGCAAGUCGACUAUGGGCCGAGCAAUCUCGUCGUCAAGUCGGGCAACUGGCGCGAGCUAGGCGAUCGCAGCGAAAAGAGCGCGAAGCUGCUCGCCAAAGCCAAGAUCAGCGACGACAAGUUUGCAAAGAAGCAGGCUCUGGCCACGGGAAUACCCGUCGGUAAGCGUCUGGCCUCCUUCAAGGUCGUCAGCCAGGCGGACGCCAGGCCGUGGCACUUACAGGAGCGGUUGAAAUCCGAUGGCAGGUUCCGCAUCGUGCUGUUCGCUGGUAAGAUUCUCUCGUCGCAGCAGAAGGCGCGGGUGGACAGGUUCUGCGCCAAGCUGGACGCGCCCGAGAGCUUCCUGCGGAGGAUCACGCCCGCGGACAAGGCUAUUGACAGUGUCAUUGAUGUCCUCACGAUCCAUGCCAGCCCGAGAAAGGACACGGAGUUGUUGAGAGACUUUCCGGAUAUUUUGCAUCCGUUUGAUCAGCAUCUGGGUUGGGAUUACACUAAGGUGUAUGCGGACGAUGUCAGUUACCACGAAGGGUUCGGCAAUGCUUACAAGAAUUACGGCGUGGAUAAGGAGAAGGGAUGUGUGGUCGUGCUGAGGCCAGAUCACUAUGUCGCCUGGGUGGGUGAUAUUGACGAUUUUGAGGAUAUGGAGAGCUACUUUGAGGGAUGCAUGAGGUUACCUGCUGUAAGUGCUGCGCAGGAUGUUGGCAUUGUCGUGGAGACGGUCAGCAGCGUGACUAACAAGGCGGUUGGUCAGGUCAGGGUGUCUGUGAGCCCGGUGUCCGAGUAGGAGGUUAUGGGAGGUUGAGAAGGGCGAUGUGAUAAGCGCGAGAAUACCCUAUACCAUUUAGAUCAAUUAGCUUAUUCCAGUGGCAUUAGACAGAAAUCCAAAGUCAACAUUGACGGAUGAACUUUGAGAUCAGUGUUCCCUGGCCAAUUGGGCAGCAUUUGCCCCGGCCGUGACCCAAUACUCGAAUGACAAUACGAGCAGCAGGUCCCUAACCAGG